AUGAAUCCAUUGUUUCCUUUACACCCUCUCACACCCCAAGCGACAAAUAGUGCAGGCUUGUUGAACAGCAACAAGUCUGCACAGUUUCCACCAAGACACAUUGAAGGCCAAUGUGCUCACCAAUGGGAGAGUCCCCAAAACCUGGGCCAUAUGGUCUUUUAUCAUCAGGCCAGCCGGUGCAAAUACAAGAGAAUUUUCAUAGACCUGGAUGAACUUGAACACAUCCGGACGUAUGCCACCAUGAACAAAUACAUGGCUUUUGCGGGUGUCCGUGGCCCCAAGAUUGACACAGCUGUGAAGUUACUAUCAGAACAUGAUAUAGAACAAUUUUAUGCAUUUCUUUACCCUGAAUAG